AUGACUUCUGUAACGUGUUCUCCAUCACUGGCUGAUAUGCGAGCCGCACAAGCUGAUCAUUUAGAUCGAAUGAAAGAAUCGCUGAGAGAAGUCGAUGCAAAGGAUGUAGUGCCAAUCUUGGUGGCUCGACGAGUUCUCCAGUCAUUCGAGAUGAGCAAAGUUUAUGAUCAACAAUCGCCGCACAGUCAAAUGGAUGUGCUGAUCGAGAUUCUCAAAACAAAACUCAAUUGGGUUGGCCCAAUGACCGACGCGUUAAUUAAAAAUGGAAAGGCGCCAAUCGCUCAGCAACUCAUCAAGCUUCAAACGGAGCGAAAU